AUGUCACACAUGUUCGGAUUCAUUCUCAAGGAUCGAACAUACGACAUUCUCGAUGUAAACAGUCUAAGAGAGCCCACUCUUGCAGAAAAUGCAAUCGACGAGCUCGUUAUGCGCCCAGAGAAGAACAAAGAGAUGAUUAAAGCCAUCGUCAAAACAUACACCGAUAGCGAUAGCCAAGCCGAGCUCAUGGGUGUUGACUUCAUACGCGGAAAGGGUGAAGUCUUCCUGCGUGCGCUCGAUUACUUUGAAGGAAUCAUAUUCUUCACAACAAAUCGGGUUGGACACUUUGAUGAAGCAUUCAUGUCACGAAUACAUGUGGCUAUCGGCUACGAGCCGUUAGACGAUCAAGCUCGAGAACAAAUCUGGGAUUCCUUCUUCAGACGACUCAAAGAAAACCAUAGGGAUGGAGGACCGAGGAUCGACUACGACUACGACGCUAAGCAAUACGUACGAAAAAGCGAAGAGGUCAAAAGUCUCCACUGGAACGGGCGAGAGAUACGGAACGCUUUCCAGACCGCUGUUGCUCUCGCAAUCGCUGCCUCAAAAACAGCAAAGCAAAAGGGUCGCCCGGAGGCGGAAUGCGUCCCCCAACUUACAGAAGCGCACUUGAGUCAAGUAGUGCAAUUGUCUGCGGCUUUCAAGGCGUACAACAAGGCAGUGCACGAGGGUUUGACUGAAGCGGACUUAACGUAUAGGCUUGGGAAUCGUUACGAUCAACCUGAUCGCAACGAACAUUAG